CGACGCGCCACGUAAAGGUUGAGGAAAAGUCAGUCAGCGAAUUUCGAUCGUCGCUCGAACUUGAAUCUAGACUAGAUACACUAGAAUCUAAAUACGAUUUUUAUUUCAAUUCGAGUAGCACGUGGAUCGUGUCGUGGUGAAUGAGUAAAAAAGAAACUGUGUGCCUGCUAUUCGAAAAGGUAAGACGAAUUUUGAUACUUCACCAUGGCGAUCGCUACAGACCUCAAAUUGUCGCGAAGAAACGGUCAACCGUGGGGUUUUCGACUCUCCGGAGGCGUGGACUUUACAUUUCCCUUAACCAUCGUCAGGGUAUCAAUCGGGGGUAUAGCUCAUACAGCUGGCCUGCAAGCGGGCGAUGUGAUUGUUAAAUUGAACGGGGAGCCAAUAAGUCAACUCACCCACGAGCAAGCCUAUGAUAAACUCGUCAGCCUCGGUAACGAUGUCGUUUUAUCCGUCAUACGGAGUUAUGAAAUUGCGCAAAAACAGUGACAAUAUCUUCCUAUUCAAGUUUAUUCCGUAGGAAUCUUGGAAUAAUAGUCUUCUGCAAAUGAAAAAGAAGCUGGUUCGCAUUCUAUUGCGAUGCGAGAAUUGUAAUAAGGAAUGGAAAUAAAAUUGUGAAGAAGAUUGUAAAGACCAAACGUUAAUUUUGAAGCGAGCAUAUCAUAUGCUUUGGCCCGAUCUGUCACGCGCAUCUGGCACGCAUCAAUCGAUCAAGGUCUAUUGCGAAACUGUGUCAACAAUAAGCCCGCACACGAUGAAACGCAAUCUGUUACUAUGAUUGAUGGGACGCUGCGGGACUGUAGGAAAUGUGAUGAAGGGUACGCCCAGGGAUGUUACAUAUGUUGACAUAAUUUAUUUUCAUUUUAUAUAUUAGAUAUUGUUCGUAGAAUAUAUAUAUAAUAUAUAUGACUCGCGCGCUAUCUAAUCGUUAUUAUCGUAACGAUAGAAGUGCGCCAUAUUUCACGAUAAUUUACACAAAAAAUAACUGUACAAUAGCUCGCUCUUGCAUUCUCCGUCGAGCAUACACCCAUGCUAUAGUUACGCACACACGAGAAAACUUUAUCACACUUAUAUUUUCGUCACUUCAUUCCACAUCGUUAUUUGUGGGGACGACGCAGAAUCAAGUACCGCUUGGAAUCAGAUAUACAUAUAUUAAAGUAAAAAAAAAAAAA